AUGGGAGCCCUUCUCAUCGGGACAAUAAUUGCAGCGAGCAUUUGGGGGAGUACGAUAUUGCAUACCUACGAGUAUUACUCGGACUACCCGAGGGACCAUAUCGGUAUGAAGUGUGUAGUUGCGGUUGUGUGUCUCCUCGACACUUCGCAUCAAAUCUUCAUCACCCACGCUCUGUACAUCUAUUUGAUCAAAGGGUUCGCCAAUCCGUUGAUCUUAACCAGGCUGCUCUGGCAUGUCAAGGGUUGGUUUGCCAAGGGUGUGUAUCGCGUCUCUGUCCAAUACAUGAACACCUUCUUCACAUGGAGAGUUUAUGUCGUGAGCCAAAGAAAUCGCUUUCUUGCCCCCUUUAUUAGCAGCCUAGUCAUCGGAAAUUUCGUGGUUACCCUGUACUACUACGCGCGAUGCCAAUCUCUUACAUCAACUACCCAGCUUGGACAACUAAAGAACAUUGCCAAGCUAUUGGUCUUCGGGUACAGCGCCGAUAUCCUGAUCUCUUCCUCUCUCAUCUAUAUGCUCCUAAAGAGUAAGACGCAAAAUGCACACAUUUUUGCUAUUCUUUGCUUCGUUACCGCUACCGUCUGGAGCGAUAAUCUGAUCUUUGUCGGUUUAUACGCAGUCCUGUGUCGAAGUACAUCCGGCGUUCCUUUCACCGCGCACGCUACGACUAACAUUCUCGCAUAG